AUGCUAUCUCCUUUCCCCCCUUCAUCCUCUGCUCCAGGAGAGGGGCAUUUGAUUGUUCAGUUACUACCUCAUUCAGUCUCCGCUCUAUCAAGAAUGACUUUCCAGUACCCACUAAAAUUGAUAUCUCCAUCCCCUUCAGCGGAACAAAAGAGUCUUCUCGUCUUUCUCUUAACUUAUGGUGGAGGUCUUGUCGGUGGAGAUCAAGUUCAUCUCAAAAUACAUGUCAACCCAAAUGCAAAGUUGAGUAUCGUUACACAAGGUCAUACCAAGAUCUUUAAAUCAUCAACACGUCUUGUCAUUACACGCCAAAGCUUACAGGUCACUAUUGAGGAUGGUGCUUCUGUCUGUUUAUUACCUGAUCCGGUUCAACCUUUCGCAGGAAGUGUAUAUGAACAGUCACAAACUUUUGUACUGAAGGAAGGUGGAUCUUUGUGUUUGUUGGAUUGGGUCUCAGCUGGAAGGACUGCAAGAGGAGAGAAUUGGGAUUUACAAGCAUGGAGCGGUCGAAAUGAAAUUUGGGCCAUGGGAAAGGAUACGAAGAAAAGGCUUUUGCUGAGAGAUAAUGUCUUGUUAGAAGGGGACGAAGCGACAUCUAGAGAGAACCUACUUCGCCAUAAAAUGCGUGGAAAUGGCAUAUUUGGUACUUUGAUCCUAAAGGGUCCGCUGGUUGAGAAGUUGUCUGCAUUCUUUUUAUCGGAUUUUGCUGCACUUCCGAGGAUUGGUGCUAGAGAUUUUCGAUCUGAUGAUAGGAAAGAGAGGGACAACGAAAUCGUUAUAUCAAAACACGAAUCUUGGAGAAUUCGACGACUUCGACAAGAAAAGGAUGAGGGCAUUCUUUGGUCUGCUGCCAAAGUGAGAGGAUGCACAGUGGUAAAAUUUGGUGCUCCAACUGUUGAAAGUGGUCGGGUAUGGAUUGGUGGUAUGAUUAAAGAAGAAUCCAGUAUAUCUGAAAUCUUUGGAGAAGAUUCAUUAAUGUGUGUCCGUUGA